AUGAGAGAUAGAUACAACGCCUACAUUCACAAUAGCAAACCCUCACAAGUACUGUAUCAAGAUAAGUUGCAGAAUGAUGAACUUCCGUUUGAUACCAUUCCGUUGAAUUUCGCUAAUUAUUACUACAGUGGUAACGCUCUGCAACAGUUAAGCUGGGAAACAGAACAGGACGAAGAAGACUUGUUGAACGAGUUUCAAAGUAACGCAUCAGCUGCAGCUAUAAACAUGAGAUUUGGAAAGAAAACUAAAAAAAGAAACUGGAAUGAUUUAGGUACUGGUCUUUUUUUGGGUGAAUUAGAAGGUUCUAAUACUAAGAACUCGAAUCUGGAGGACGAAACAAUACUUGAAACGGUAGACAAAUCGUUAUUCGAACCCACCUCUCUCAAAGAAGAUUCUCUGGGGCAAAUCAAUGUUCCUUGGUUGUCGAUAAGCGAACCUUCAGUGAGUUUUGAUGAUUCCAACUCUCACAUUAUCAAUGCAGAGUCUGAAAUUUCGAAUCCAGUGGUCCAAUUAAACGUGACUACCCCUGAAGUCUCUAGGAAACCAUCUCUAGGGAGAAAAAGGAAGACAACCGUCCCGUCCACAUCUACCGUGUAUGAAACUCCCAUAUCCAGAAGUAUCAGAUGA